AUGGCAUUGUGCGGAGUGAUCAGCCUCCUGCUUAUCUCUCUUCAUGCUGCUUCUGGGUUGUGGAUCAACUACUCCAAUACCGAUACUUUGCUUCUAAUGUCCGUGACGACUGGACAACAAAUCGGAGGUUUUGAACGGUGUUUCGCCAACUGCACAAGUCAACGUCCACACUACGAUUCCGGGCUCUACAACGAGUACAGAAAGAUGUGCUACUGUGGGACUCUGAGAAAGAAUUACAACCUUAGCUACCCAAUUGUGGAUCCAAAUAUGACAGCUUUUAUUUACGAACAUGGUUUUGACUGUUCCUGCCCGCAGCGAAUUCUAAAGGACAUGGAUGGGAUGGCCGCGUCUGGCAUAGCAGCUAACGUGAAUGAUUGCGAAGAUUUCUGUUUGAGCCACAACAACGAUUCAAUUAACGUUGCUGUCUUCUUCAACAACGUGGUUUGUCUUUACCUUAAACAAACCGUUGCAAUUUUUCAAAAACAUCGCUUUCUUAUUGGGACUGCAAGUCAGCCAAAUCAAUAA